CAUCCCAUUAUUGUAGACCUCACUCAAGACCCUCCAGAGGGUAUUACAGCAGGACCACAAGAUGAGGAGAACCUAUUUGUAUGGGACGCACUGAUCAUGGGACCUAGAGGUACUGACUAUGAGAACGGUCUGUUUGAAGCAACGCUUACAUUCCCUCAGACCUAUCCAAUAAGUCCGCCAAAGAUGAAGUUCACAAGUGACAUGUUCCAUCCGAAUGUGUAUCCAAAUGGAGAAGUAUGUAUAAGUAUAUUACAUCCUCCAGGUGAUGAUCCAAAUCAUUAUGAGACAAGCGCUGAACGAUGGUCCCCAGUACAAUCAGUGGAGAAGAUCCUAUUGUCUGUCGUAUCAAUGUUCUCUGAACCAAAUGUUGAGAGUCCUGCCAAUAUAGAGGCUGCAGUAUGUACUCAAUACGACUCCACAUCAUCAGUCGUUCAUGCACUAACACCCACCCAUCGAUCCAUUCAGAAACUAUGGCGAGAGGAUAGAGAACUCUAUCGGACAAUGAUCAAGCGAAUCGUUAAGAAGUCAUUGGAUUUGGAAGAG